AUGGUCUACCAAAGCUACACACUCGACGAACGCCAGCGUGUCCUCACCGCCGCGAAGAACCACGUAGACUGGGCUCUUGUUGCAAGGCUCAACGGCAUCGUGUAUCCUACGACCGCACGCUGGGUAGCUACGGCGCGCAACACAAACGUGUGGACUGCUGUGCCGUCGAAGCGUGGCGGUGCUCGGCACGUCAAGAUGACGCCGGAGCGCGUCAACUUUCUAGUUGCCCUGCAAGAAAAUAACUGUCUGCUAACCUUAAAUGACGUGAUCGAUGAGCUAAAAGUUUUCUACGGCGUUGACGUCUCCGUUCAGACUGUGCGCAAUGCACUCGACGCGGUCUGCUUCUCCGUCCGGAAAACCCACGCCGAAUCAAGCGCAAUGAACUCCGAUCGGGUCAAGGCUCUACGCCCGGCAUUGCGUGCAUCUCGGCACAAGGAAUUGGAACGGGCUGAGUUUCGGUGGGGAACGAACAACGCGGACACGAUCGACAGCUUCGUGAUGGCACUGCUCGACGGACUGAUGGACAAGGGCGUCUCCAUGUUCGACCUCGUCGUUGUGUGUGACAAUGCGUCCAUCCACACGAACGUCAAGGAGAUAACAAGACGGGCGGAGUACGCGGGGGUGGAGUUCAGCAACCUCUCCCCGUACUCCCCCAUGUUAAACCCCAUUGAAAACGUCUUCUCCGUCUUCAAGUCUGGGGUCAAGGCGUUCCUCGCAGCGCAGCGCGACAAGAUCCUACAAGUCCCGCCGAAUCAGACGAAAGCAGCACACCGUGCUCACUACCUCCUCCGCGCAGCCAAGUACAGUAUGAGUGUCAAGGUGACACCGGACUUGUGUGAUAGUGAAGCUGCUCACAUCUUAUCUUUUCACGCUGCUGCAUUGGACGAGCACGACAUGCUUGUAGGCUCUUAA